AUGCGGGGCACGGAGCUGCUGCUCGGGUACUUUCUGGUGAAAGUUAUGGUGUGCGAUGCAGAGGGCGAGCCGGGUCAGACCGUCGAUGACUUCAUGCUGGUUACCGGGUUUAACGACUCAAAGGAUGGGGAGAUCGCAGUCACGGAGACCCCGCACAUGGAGGACAAGUGCCGCGGUUACUACGACGUGAUGGGCCAGUGGGAUCCGCCGUUCGUGUGCAGGACGGGCAGCUACCUGUACUGCUGCGGCACCUGUGGCUUCAGGUUCUGCUGCGCGUUUAAAAGCUCCCGGCUGGACCAGACCACCUGUAAGAACUACGACACCCCGCCGUGGAUGAUGACAGGAGGAACGCCGCCAAAAGUGGACGUGGCGCUGGACGCCGCCAAGGAUAAAACCAACCUGAUUGUGUAUGUCAUAUGCGGGGUCGUGGCCAUAAUGGCACUGAUAGGAAUUUUCACCAAGCUCGGUUUGGAAAAGACGCACCGUCCGCACCGAGAAAAUAUGUCAAGAGCUCUUGCACAUGUUAUCCGCCAUCCUGCCUCAGAACAUACGGAUGACAUUGGACUUGGCCAGCACUACGAGAACAUACAAACCAGAGUCACAGUAAACAGUCUCCAUAGCAACCAGAUGAACAACGUGGUUCAAGCAUCGACUUUGAUAGCUCAGCCUUACCCGCUCGUGGGACAGAUCACCAGCCCCUACGAACAACAGAAGCCUGUCAAGGAUCUCAACAAGUACGCCACGCUUAAGGCUGUGGCAGAGAAAGCUAAUGACAGCUUCUACAGCAACCGGCGGCAAGUGAUCGAGAUGACAACCAAGGGCAGCCUUCCCAUGGAAGCCAUGGACAUGGAGCCGGAGCCGAGCAAUCCUUACAGCCCGCCCAGACAGCUGUCGUCAAAACAGAAUGGACACAAGUACAAGAGCCCCAAGAGCCGCAGCGCCCAGUCGCUGUGCUACGGCUCCAACACUGCCGCCAGCCCGGGGGUGCUAAGAUCCUGGGAGAGCAAGGACAUGCUGGGCCUCCGACACAACUAUGGCCCAAAGAAACUCUGCAUCAUAGAGAAGGAGCUGCACACCACUCGUUACUUGCCUCCGCAACCGUACUUUGUCACCAACAGCAAGACAGAAGUGACAGUAUGA